AUGGCAGAACGCAAGAAAAUCAUCAUCGACACGGAUCCUGGCAUUGAUGACGCGAUGGCGAUUUUUUUGGCGCUAAAAUCGCCGGAAGUGGAAGUGAUUGGGCUCAGUACUAUUUAUGGCAACGUCUACACAACUCUCGCCACUAGAAAUGCUUUGCAUUUGUUGGAGAUAGCAGAGAGGAUAGAUAUUCCUGUGGCUGAGGGCUCUCAUGUGACAAUCACCAAAGGUACAAAACUUCGAAUUGCUGAUUUCGUCCAUGGUACGGAUGGACUGGGAAACCAAAACUUUCCUCCGCCAAAAGGAAAGCCAAUUGAACUGUCUGCUGCUGAUUUUCUUAUCCAGCAAGCUAAUCUUUAUCCUGGAAAGGUCACUGUGGUGGCCUUGGGUCCCCUAACGAAUAUUGCACUGGCUAUACAAUCAGAUCCUUCCUUUGUCAAAAACAUUGGGCAAAUUGUUCUUCUUGGUGGUGCAUUUGCAGUAAAUGGGAAUGUGAAUCCUGCAGCUGAGGCAAAUAUUUUUGGAGAUCCAGAGGCUGCAGAUAUUGUAUUCACAAGUGGAGCUGAUGUUUUGGCAGUUGGGAUAAAUGUUACCCAUCAAGUUGUUUUAACUGAUGCUGAUAGAGAUAAGCUGGCAGAAUCAAAUGGAAAGUUUGCUCAGUAUCUAAACAAAAUUUUAGAUGUGUAUUUUUCCUAUCACCGUGAUGCAUACAGCACAAAAGGUGUUUACCUUCACGACCCUACAACCCUUCUUGCUGCUGUUGAUCCUUCGCUGAUCACCUAUACAGAAGGUGCUGUCCGAGUCCAGACUACUGGCAUCACUAGGGGUCUAACAUUGUUCUAUAACAAACAGAAAAGGUUUCAGGGAGUUACUGAAUGGUCUGAUAAACCCUCGGUCAAGGUGGCAGUCACUGUUGAUGCUCCAACCGUCGUGAAAUUGGUCAUGGAUCGGUUAAUGCAUUCUUAA